AGUCCACAGGUGCUGCCAAGUGCAGUCUCCUAAGCCUUUAGUCUCAGUGGAGCUGCCGUCCAGAUACAGAUCAUGAGUGGUGGGUACGAUCUCAACCUCUUUGCCAGCCCUCCUGACUGCAACUUCCUGUGUUCCGUCUGCCAUGGGGUUCUCAAGAGGCCAAUGAGGUUGCCAUGCAGUCACAUCUUCUGCAAAAAGUGCAUCUUCCAGUGGCUAGCCAGACAAAACACCUGUCCAUGCUGUAGAAAAGAGGUGAAAAGGAGAAAGAUGGUUCAAGUGAAUAAACUCCGAAAAACCAUUGGCCGCCUACAAGUCAAGUGCAAGAACGCUGCAGCUGGCUGCUUGGUGACAUGUCCUCUGGCUCAUCGCAAGGGCCAUCAGGACUCAUGCCCCUUCGAGCUGAUGGCCUGCCCAAAUGAGGGUUGCACUGCGCAGGUUCUGCGUGGGGUCCUGGAUGAACACCGCCAGCACUGCCAGCAGAACGGACAGCAGCGCUGCCCCUUAGGCUGUGGAGCCACCCUGGCUGCCUUGGAGGGUGAGCAACACAACUGCUACCGUGAGCUACGUGACGCUUGGGUCCAACGCCAUGAGCGUAACCGGACCCUGCUGCUGAACCUGCUGGGGCGUGUACGCCGGGUGUACCGCACCACCAACCUCAUCCGCCGACAGCUGGCCCAGCUGAGCAACUUCCUGGAGGAUGAUACCCUGCUCCUGAAUGCCCGGGUGCAAGAGACUGAGGUUGCCCCGGAGCCUGAGAUGUGGGGUGCGCAGGGCCAAGGUGUCUUAUAGAGGAAUUAAAUAAACGCUGAGCCCAGGCCUGGCCCACCUCAGACCUCAAGUCCUCUGUGCCUUCUGUCUAUGUGCUCUGUAGUCCUUAUCCCCUCUGCAAACCUUCCAUAGCAGAUACUGCCCUUUCUCCCUUAGAUUGUUCUCCCAGACUUUUUUUUUUCUUUGCCCACUGAGACAAGUUUUCUCUGUAGCCCUGGCUGUGUGCCCCCACCUUCUCCCAGACACCGUUCUUUCCCUAAUUGGAUCAACCACGGAGUAGUUUCACUGCUACAAAGCUGUUCCUUUUUUCAUUAUUAACCUCUUCUCUUCAUGGCUUUUCUGCACCUUCCUACCUGGUAAUACAAAUGACUCAAAACCCUAAACUAAGAAUAGAAGUCAGAG